AAUAACCUGUUCGAUACAAGUCAACAUGUUAAUGAUUCUGAUAGCGAACAGGAUUUUGAUAAUGUACAAGGUUCUAAUAACGAUCAAGUUUCUAAUAAUAAACAGGGCUUUGGCAAUGAAAAGAAUUCUGAUAAUGAAUGGGAUUCUAAUUCUUUAAACAAAGUUACUCAAGAUCCAAAGAAUCCAUCUACU